GCUCGCGCGGGGGAAGCGGGGCAGUGACUGGGCCGGGUGAGGGCGGACCAAGUAGCCAGCGUUCUCGGCUAGGGCCGCAGCCGCGGCUCCGCACGCGGGGCGCGCCCUGACCCUUCCUUUUUGGGCGGGCUCGAGGGCGCACGCACGGUCAGCGUCGCGGGGCCUCGAACUCCAGGGCCUCGACGGGACAGGCCGCGGAUCGCCCACCCCUGCUUCCAGUGUGAGUGCGCCGGAACCUGGCCUCCGCCAAGCGCGGGCACCGCGGGAGCGGCGGCGCCCGAAGACGCGCUCCAGACUCGGAGGGACAGCCCUGCGUGGCCGCCUAGUCCUCUGCAGCCCAGCGGCGGAAUGAAAUUAAGAUGUUGGUGUUUUCUUCCAGGUGGAUAACCAAAUUGUGAUGUUCUUUUAAAGAAUUACUGAAGACGAAGUUAUUUUAUUUUUGUUCUUUGUUUUUUAAUGGCUUUACAGAAUUUUAAAUCCAAUACAAUUUGACAUGACGGCAAAAAAUGUUGGUUUGACUUCUACAAAUGCAGAACUAAGAGGAUUUAUAGAUCAAAAUCUCAGUCCAACAAAAGGUAACAUUUCAUUUGUUACAUUUCCAGUUUCCAGCACCAACUCGCCAACAAAGAUCUUACCGAAAACCUUAGGACCAAUAAAUGUGAAUGUUGGACCCCAAAUGAUUAUAAGCACACCACAGAGACUGACCAGCUCAGGAAGUGUUCUGAUUGGGAGUCCGUACACCCCCACACCAGCAAUGGUUACUCAGACACACAUCGCAGAGGCUACUGGCUGGGUCCCAGGUGAUAGAAAACGGGCUAGAGAAUUGAUAGACUCUGAUUUUUCAGAAAGUAAACGAAGCAAAAAAGGAGAUAAAAAUGGAAAAGGUUUGAGACAUUUUUCAAUGAAAGUGUGUGAGAAAGUUCAGCGAAAAGGUACAACAUCAUAUAAUGAAGUAGCUGAUGAGCUGGUAUCAGAGUUCACCAAUUCAAAUAACCAUUUGGCAGCUGAUUCGCAGGCUUAUGACCAGAAGAACAUUAGGCGAAGAGUUUAUGAUGCUUUAAAUGUGCUAAUGGCAAUGAACAUAAUUUCAAAGGAAAAAAAAGAAAUCAAGUGGAUUGGCCUGCCUACCAACUCUGCUCAGGAAUGUCAAAACCUGGAGAUAGAGAAGCAGAGGCGGAUAGAACGGAUAAAGCAGAAGCGGGCUCAGCUGCAAGAACUUCUCCUGCAGCAAAUAGCUUUCAAAAACCUGGUACAGAGAAAUCGGCAAAAUGAACAGCAGAACCAGGGCCCUCCGGCUCUGAAUUCCACCAUUCAGCUGCCAUUUAUAAUCAUCAAUACAAGCAGGAAAACCGUCAUAGACUGCAGCAUCUCCAGUGACAAGUUUGAGUAUCUUUUUAAUUUUGACAACACCUUUGAGAUCCAUGAUGACAUAGAAGUACUGAAGCGGAUGGGAAUGUCCUUCGGUCUGGAGUCAGGCAAAUGCUCACUGGAGGAUCUGAAACUUGCUAAAUCGCUGGUGCCAAAGGCUUUGGAAGGUUAUAUCACAGAUAUCUCCACAGGACCUUCCUGGGUAAAUCAGGGACUACUUUUGAACUCUGCCCAAUCAGUUUCUAAUUUAGAGCUGACCACUGGUGCCACCUUGUCCCAAUCAAGCGUAAACCAGGGCUUAUGCUUGGAUGCUGAAGUGGCCUUAGCAACUGGGCAGUUCCUCGCCCCAAACAGUCACCAGUCCAGCAGUGCGGCCUCUCACUGCUCAGAGUCCCGAGGCGAGACCCCCUGUUCGUUCAACGACGAAGACGAGGAAGAUGACGAGGAGGAUUCCUCCUCCCCAGAAUAAAGACAGGAGGAAACCCACGUUUUAAUAUUUGAUGCUCAUGUGUGUUUUUAGUGUGAGCUCUUGUGUUUUGAAAUGAUUGUUUCAGUCUUUGACUUUGUUUGCACUGUGUGUUCAGUGAAAACUAGGGAAACACAGUUAGCAAAGUACAGGAAGGCUGAGAUGAUUGAGGUGAAAGUUGCCAUAGUGGGAAUGAACUCUGAGCAACACAGCAAUAGACCACAUCACAAACAAUGUGUGUUUUCUGAGGUGAUAGAGGGGACAGUCCCGGGGAAUUGGCAGCAUGAAUGAAGUGCGUUGAUGUUCCAUGAGGUGGGAUCUGUGUGGUCCCCCACAUCCAUGCAACCCUCCUUAGAAUUGAGAUUGCUACAAUCAACAGUCCUUGAAGAUCAUGUUUCUCUUCCUUGCCUGGCUGCCUUUUACAAGGCAGAAACGAACAUAAAGAGUUCCCAGUGGGGGUGAGCUGUACAGUGAGGGAUGUAGGUGGCAGUCCUUGUGGCCCAAGGAGCAGGUUGAACUGCUGAGCGAAUCAAAAGUCUAGUUGAGGUGCUUAUGCAUCAGCUGCCUUAGACAGCUUCUAGAAAGGAGCGAGCUAAUUCUUAAGUAAGUACUUAAGUGACAUUUAGAAUAAUUUAUAGUAAAACUGAAAUGAUCAUUAUUAGCCAAUGCAUUGGUGCAUAGAAUUUUCUAGGGCUACUUCUGGAAGCCAAAAUAGAAUAGCUUUUCCAUGUGCAUUAAAUACUUUGCCAGCACUGCCUUUUGCCAGCAUUCUAAUCUGGAGUUUUACAGAGGAGGAAAUUGUAUCUAUAGUUUUAAUCAAAGCUAUGCAUUUCAUAUAGCUUUCUCAUUUGAAACAAAACUAAGACACAAACUCCUGUGACCGAAUUGCUUGCUUAGUUUCCUGCAGUAAUUAUAUGAUUUCACCCAGUGUGCAAUUUGUGAAAAAUGAACCAAAUGUCAAGAAUAUGAACAGCAGUGUUUCCUGUACAUGUCAGCUUUUUUACCUUUUCAUUAAUCAAAAUGAUCUUACAGGGUUUAUUCCUGGGUAAAUUGCAUUUCAGACUAACCCAAGACUCAGUGUUUCACAGAAACAUAAAAAAUGUUGGCCACUCCAAAUGAUUGGAUUUGUAAUGGUGUAGUCAGUACAGAGUAUGUUACCUCACAGCCAAAGAUGCCACUGGGAGUCCUGCACCAGUGAGCCCACACUUCCUGCUCCCCUGUGUAGGGAGGGGCUCUUGCCCCUGUGGCUGAACCCCGACUGAUUCACGUGCAGGCCUGAGAAGGAGCAGGUAAUAAUGGGAAGUUAAAUCUUCAGGCCCAGUAGUGCCCUUGGCCCAAGUCAGGGCUUCUUUAAACCCCAUGAGGAAGUGUAGAUGCCAAAUGCUGCCUUUCUAAAGCUCUGCCACUAUGCUGACAAUGAAUAAGAGGGCAAGUGUUUGGCUAACCCCAAAUUUUUAUUAAGGCCAUAAAAACGAAUACACAAAAACAUCCAAUUUUAAGUUUCCUUUGAGAAGAAACUCAUUCUGUCAGAAAUUAAACUAGUGCAGACUCAGAGUGUUCAAGAGGGCAGAGAGAGAGAGAGGCAAUUUUGAGAAGCCUGUCCCAGCUGGAGUCCUGGGGCACACCUCUUAGGAUGGGCAGGUGGGAGGGUCUGACGGGCCUCUGGGGGACAUUUCUGAGAUCAUCAUCGGCUACACAGUCAGGUAAAACUGGGUUUCCUGCCACACUGGCCUUUAACAUGCUGUCUCCUCUACAAACCCCAACCUUUCGCAUCCCUGUACUUGAUAGGGGCCCAGCAGGGACCUGGAGAGUCCAAGGGCCACAGCUGGCUUUGUAGUCCUCAGAAUAUUGUACUCCAUGUCUCAAGGCCUACAUUCAUGACAACUAUUUUAAUCAUAACCACUCCUCUACCAAGUAGCAGAAUCCUUGCUAGAGUUCUUGGGAAACUGCUCUCUUCUCCCUCUCCCUGCUGCUAUGGUGCUUUGAUAAAAUAUGGGUUAAAAAAAAUAGGCAACCAAAGACUCAGCAUUAUUGGUAGCCCGUCCUUGACCAUCCCAGCUAGAGAUGCAUGGUGUUUGAUGGGACAUGGCCUCUCUGUUCCUUAGUAAUGUGUUUGGGUUACGGCGGAGGACGUUAGCGGAGGUACCUACCUGUGUCACCAGGGCAUGUCAUCAGUGUGAAGCCUUACCUGAGCAAAAAAUAGGUUGAGAUGAAAGAUGAACUCUAUGAUUCUGUAUCGCCCCUAAACAGACUCCCCUGGGUCUAAAGGUCAGCACUCAGCCCCAACUCCAUACAGAAAUCACUUUGAAUAAAUGUUAAGAAGUUGUGGUUACCACAUUUGGGCUUCUAUGCAGCAGUAGCACUUGGGGUUACCUGAAUGUGUGUGUGCACACAGGGCCACGCCUCCCAGAGGAUGCUGGUCAUGCAUGGCUUUUUGGGGAGUUAAGAGGCCUUUCCCCACCUCGAGGUUCAGUUUAGCUGUUCUCCUUUCAAGUGCAUAAUGUCACUCAGUAAAUAGCAGCUGCGUUUAGCACUCACGCAUGUGGCACCAGGCCUGCCAUACUUGACCCUCGCGUGGGAAGGGCAACAUUGCCAGGCUGCACGGCAGUGCUUAAGACCAUAGGCACCUGCCCAGCCUUGCCCUCCCCCUUCUGCACUGUGAUUCUGCCUCAUUCACUUCAACUUUCCACACGAUGACCAGGUGAUGACAACAGCCUCCACAAGCGUUGGUAUAAACUGUGCCUUACAAUCCUGGAGGACCUUAGGGAGAGGCAGAAGAAAAGGUGCUAACACAGUGACCCUCACCCCUCACAAAGCGCACUGCCUAGACCGCUUGACAGUGGGCCACAUCUUAUUACCUUCAAUUUCAUUCUUUAUAGACAUAGUAGAGAGAAAAUUUGAUGUAGUUUCUGUUACCAGGAUGAAAGAGGAUUAAGUCCCCUCAUUAUCAGUGUGAAUGUUGUAACCAUACUCUGCCAUACUUGAAAAAUAAUGCCAGGAUCACUCCUCAAACACAAAUUAGCCCUAUCAGAUCAUUCAAAUGGAGAUAUUUCACACAGGAGUAGGUUGGUUGAGCCACAGAGCACUUGAACUUAGCCGUUUGCUAAGCCAAACUCUUUUUUUUUGGCUACUUGGGCUGUGGAGACAGCAGAGUUGCUCCAGUACAGACACAACACUGGCCCUUGGGGCGGUCAGAACCCAGCGGUGGGUGUUGGGGCAGGGUCAGCAAAGGAAGGGAACUGCCUUAGCCGUUUGUCUGUCACCACACUGGAAGAGAGAAGCCUGCUGGGCCUUAUUCAGUGACGACAGUGCAGAAUUCCUACCCAGCGACUCUGAGGCCGACCUUCAAACUGUCCUGCCUGAGCAGUGAGUAUAAGGUGGGGGCUGGACAGCAAAAGUAAAGAUUUAACCCUCCAUUAAGCAUUUGAGUGAAUACAGAACAGAAAACAUUGGGAUUAGUACUAAGGGGAAAUGAGAGGGUAGUGGGACAAUGGGGAAAAGACCACUUUGGCUGGGGGUGACCAGGGAAGGUCCCCCUGAGGAUGUGGCAUUUGUCCUGAAUCAGAGAGCUGAAAGAUGGACGUCCCUGCCCCUCCCUAACGACACCACUCUGUCCCACAACAUGUGCAUGGAACCUCUGCUAAAUCCCAAAGGCCACAGUGUUCGAGUUUUAAGCAUACAUUUGGAGCUGUUAAGGAAUUUUUAAGACUUAAGAGAAAACCAAACUUAGCUACCAGCAGUAUCCAUAAAUCAAGAGACGAUUCUAACCAACCCAUGACAUUCUCAUUAGCUUCAUUACCUUCCAGCUGAACCUACACAUUAGAAAAGUAACCACUUUUCUAGGUAUUUUCUAGUUUUACAAAUUGUUGGAUACAUAAAGAUCUUUCUAUAUUAGAUACAUAAAAGAUAAACUUUUGUUCUGCAUAUGGUCUGACUUUAGAGAAGCUAAAGAGUACCUAGGGACCGUUUUUCCAAAUAGAUUCCCCAUUUCCACCCACCCAAAGCAGUGGUCCCCAGGUGCUGAUGGUCAUUAAUGUGUAUUUGGUAAAGAGCCACAGUGUGUGCCAGGGGCCUGCACCAUGCCAUUUGAGUAACUCAGAAAUGUGCCUCCCUGCCGUCUUAAUUCACAGUUGAUACAAUGUUCAUUUAACUUUCACUUAAGCCAGACACUAUUAAGGGUAAAGUCUGAUACUUGCUUGAGAUACUGCCUUUUUAAAAAAAAUGUAAGCUAAAUUCCCACGAUAUGUAACAUUCCUCAGGAAUUAGUCCCUUUGCGUAACCAAGAUAUCUCUGUAAAAUUAUGCUCACAUAACUUCUGGCAUCCAAUUUUCACACAUCUACACUGUCUGUAGAAAAAAUAAGGGACGUAAGACUUCAGUUCUGCCCUGGGAAUCCCUGGCAAGUCUAGGAGCUUGAACGGUAGCAGAUGCCCAUUCAGCAUGGUCCUGGGACGGGAAAGUCUUGUCAUUUAUUACGUGUUCCGUGCAGCGCUCAGGCAAGGUGAGCCCUUCUAUCAUUCUUGCCCUUUGCUGUACAGCCUGCAGAAUCCAGGGCUAUCUUGCCCCCUUGCUAUUCCAGCAGAUGGAACUUCAUGCCUGCCUGCUUGUAAGUACAUUAGAAGCCAGUGCAGCUCAAAAGUAGGGGCGGUACUCACCCCCUCUCUGCCAACGGCGUCAGGAUGGGAGAGACUGUCUCUUUCACCCCAUCCAUUUAGACACACAAGAGCCGAGAUUGAUUUGCCUAAUGGCCCUCUGCCUGUCUGGCAGUGUCUGCGUCACAACCCAGGAUUCCUUCUCCUAUGAGGGCCACGUUGCUCUUGAAAACCACCCUCUCCCCACUGUCCUUCAGAUGCCUUUGGAUGAGCAUCAGUCCGCUGGCCCACCAAGUGCUAACGGGCCACAGCAGAAGUGGGACUCCACUCCCGAGUCCUAGCGUGAGGCUUAGGCAUUCACCCUGGGGUAUACACCCAUCCCUCCUUGGACAGACAACAUCGGCCACAGGCAGGGGGCGUGGGAGGUCGUUACCAACUCCCCUUCUGUGCACCACACUUCCCCAAAUCACAUUUGGGUUUUAAAGCCCAUCUCUUUGCCAUUUCAAGCUCACCAUUUUGUCACUCACCCUGCAUCAUAUUGAACAUGCCAGGCGCCACCUGUUAACAAAUGGCUUGCUGAUUUAUUUUGCUUGUUCAUGACCAGGGUCAAGAUUUUUUUCAUACUGAAAAGUCUCUGAGGAUCCAGUUCCUUUCUGCUAAAGACUUCUCUGAGCAUGUUGCAGUUGUUUUUCCCAGUAGUACCAUGACAGAGUCAGCCUCUCAACGUCCCGGAAAAUUGAACUACCAGUUAGCCAGCUGCCCUGGUUGCUCAGGAGCCUGAGCUCUGAGGACCACAAUUCUGUGAGUUCAAGGGAUUUUUAUUUACCAUCACACUUCAGAUGAAAAAGAUAAAAGGCUUUUUAUCAUGUUUGUUCACCUUUUCAUUUAGGGAUGCUAUUAGGUUUAAUUUACAAAAAAAUACAGUUCUAGUUAUUUCCGCGUGAAGGAAACAGUGGUGCCGCAUGCUUUAUGCAGUCUAAACAAGAGAAAUAAGGGGAAAACGCAAACCACACAUGACUUGCCUAAUGUAGACUAUUAGAUUGAAGUACCUAGUCGAAAAUGAUGUACUAUUUUGUAGCAUCUCAAACUUUGUAAAUAGAUGCCGUUAUUUUUAUAUGGAAAUUUUAUAGAAGAGCUAUUUCUGUACACUUUAUUCCUAGAUUUUCUGAAACUGCUUCUCAUAGAUAACGGACAAGUCCUAGGCAGCAUUCCUGUAAGGGUGGUUCAAGAACCACCUGCAGUAGAUUUGACAGGUGGGGGUUCAAUUUUUGCAUCCCUAGGACCCACACCAGACCCUGAGAAACUGGUAGUGGGGCCUAGGAAGCUAUAUUUUUAAUAAGCUGAGUGAUGUUUUGUGUCCAUUAAAGUGUGAGUAUCUCUGUCCAUCCUGUAAGAGUGAAAGGAGAGGAAAAAGCAUCUGAAAUGAGUCUUAAGUUGUGCUUGAGAAAACAAUGUAUCAGACUUCUGUAAUUUGAGUGAAAUGUACUAUAGAAAAAAAUAAAUAAUUUAAAAUAG